CUCCUCCAUAUUUGCACUUCUAAUCAUCUCAAUAGACCUCAAAAAUCGCACCAUUUCGUUCUCUCUUACUAUCAACAAUGUCGCAGAGGAGCAAUGCAUCAUCAUCUCGAACAAGAGUUUCAUCACAAGUUGUUCUUUUUUGUGGUUGUGGUAGAAGGGUUGUUAGGCGUGUUGCUGGAACAAAUAUUAACAGAGGAAGGACGUUUUUCACUUGUUCAAUUAAUAAGGAUGAAGUUGGAUAUUGUGGGUACUUUAUUUGGGUUGAUCAAUUGAUUGAAGCACUUGGAGUUGAUGAUUCACUUGGGACAUUUUCCAUGGAACAAAGAAGACAAUUUGGAAGAGAGGAAGAUAAGACAAUGUGGAAGGCUCAAGUUAACUCAAAGCUUGAUUGUAUGGGGAUUGAAAUGAAGAUGUUUAGAACAAUUGUCUAUGGAAUGUUCUUAAUCCAAUUGUUGUCAAUGGUGGUGUUUGUAUGUAUUCACAAGUACUAGGAAUAUAUAUAUUAAGUGUAAUGAUGUAA